GCUGCUCUUGCUCAUCGACUGAUCGCUCCAGCCCUCGCGACUCCCGAAUCGCUUGCGCUUCUUCCGCUCUUGAAAAAUCUUUCGUGUAGAUUCUCGCGGCUUCCUCUUCUGUUUCUUCCAGCCGCUGCUCCUCCUCCUCGUGCGAGGAUCCAUGGCCACGACGAUAGACUGGCACGGCCGCAACGCCGCUCUGUACGAGAUGGCGGCGGACAGCAAGGAGCUCGUGCGCGCGCUUGCGGCCGCCCCGCCCAUGCAGCAGGCUCCGACCAUCUCGUUCGCGUACCCCUGCAGCUCCGGCGCGGAGCGGCAGGGCGCGGCGGGCUCGCUCCUCGGCGGCGGCGGCCUGACGCUCGCGCAGGUGCUCCAGGUGCAGUCGCAGCUCCAGUUCCUGCGCCGGCCGGCCGGUGGCGCGCUGGCCGCGGUGGCCACGCACCCGAUGAAGCGGCCGGGCGUGGUGAAGGCGCCGGCGCCGGUGCCGCGGCCGGUGUCCAAGCUGUACCGCGGCGUCCGGCAGCGGCAUUGGGGGAAGUGGGUUGCGGAGAUCCGCCUGCCGCGCAACCGCACCCGCCUCUGGCUCGGCACCUUCGACACCGCCGAGGAGGCCGCGCUCGCCUACGACAGCGCCGCGUUCCGCCUCCGCGGGGACUCCGCAAGGCUCAACUUCCCCGAGCUCAGGCGCGGCGGCGCGCACCUUGGCCCGCCGCUCCACGCCGCGGUCGACGCCAAGCUCCACGCCAUCUGCAACGGCACGGACGUAGCGCCGCCGCAGAACCAGAGUCAGAGCCAGAGAAACGCCACGGCGGCGACGGCAGCAACGACUCCGAGCACAUUCUCCUCGGCGAGCCCGGACGUCAAGAGCGAGCCGGGUUGCUCCGGGUCCGAGAGCUCGUCGUCCGCGGACGGCGACGUGUCCUCGACCGGCUCCUCCGACGUGGUUCCGGAGAUGCAACUUCUCGACUUCUCUGAAGCGCCAUGGGACGAAUCCGAGAGCUUCCACCUGCGCAAGUACCCCUCGCUGGAGAUCGACUGGGACUCGAUCCUUUCGUAACGCAAAGGCUCUGCUCAUCUCGUCCCCCGGUUCCUGAUGAUCAAGCUGUUCUUGGUUGCUCUGUACUUCACAGCGCUCAAAAGAUCAAAGUGGUGUCAUGGUGUUUAGGUACUUGUUGGUUUAGGUUUUGGGUUUGAUCAUGUCUAGCAUCAACCCCUGGUCUGCUUGGUUUUUAAAUGGCAUUGCCAGGAAGGAGAUCUCAGCACUUUGGGUUAUGGAAAUUACUAUUCUGCAUGCAAAAGUCUCGUGUAUAUACAUUUGAAAUCUACACUGUAGUUGCAAUAAUCCAAUAAAUACCACUUUGUGACACUGAA